AUGAAUAAGCUCUGGCACUUCUAUCCCAAAAUCCACCCCGUCAGGCCGCUGAAGCCCGGAGAAUGCUUUCUCAUCCAAUAUCGUGAUAAAGGACAAAAAGAACUCUGGAUUGGAGUCAUCUGUUCCAAUUUGAUGAUACCUGACGAGGCCUGGCGCCAUUGUCCAGUUGGUUCGCCCCCGAGGGCCGGCCAAUGGACAACUCAGCUUGAUCGUCGUCAUUACCCUAUCUAUCUCCCGAAGAAAGGGAGGAUCAUAUGGGCGCACUUUAUUCAUCUGUUCGAAAUCCACCGCUCAAGAUACGACGAGUUCGAGUCUUGCCCCGAUUUCUCGGUUUUUUGCGAGGUUCUGAAUUUGGCAUUGAAGGGACGGGAUGUUGUGUUUUGGGAACGGAUGGCUCUUGGGGAGUUUAAAGAACGCAAAGAGAUGAUCCGUCUUACUACUGCAGGCAUGCUACAAUCUCGCUCAACUACUACCACCACUCUCGCCAAGACGACUCAACAGGUUCGCUCGAGCCCCACUCAAGAUGGGUGUAGUCUAUCAGGGGAAAGCAUCGAAGAACCUGUAGCUCAAGUUGGCCAAGCCACCCAGCUCAUGAAAACUGCAGAUUCCCAGAGGAUUCGCUGCAAGGAACCUCUCCUGGGCAGAGUGGAUGUAUACAUUGGCGUAGGAACGAGUCGCAAAAUCUACAACAUCCCACGUCAUUGCGUAGCCAAAUCCGGCCUUCUGGAGAGCAGCCUCAUGAGAAAGAACCAAACCACCACUGCCAGCGAUCCGAUUCUUGACAACACCUCCCACGCCGAUUUUGCAGUGCUACUCUCCUUUCUGGAGAUUGGUGAAUAUACCCCGCAGCUCAUCACUUCACGGAAAAGCCACCACCAUCUUGAGAACAAGCCUUCCACUUCCCGUAAUCGCGGCAUAACCUUCUAUCUUGAAGGUCUUGUCACCCACGAAGAACAUGAAAAUGAAGUUCUGCGCUGCGGCUACAUCUAUACGCUGGCGCAGACAUUCGAGAUACCUGCCUUGCAAGCACUCGUCCUACGGAAACUCCGUCUUGGAUUCCCCGUUAUCAGCUACAAGACAAUGCUAACAAUGAUUGCAUAUGUUUUUCCACGUCUGGACACCAAUCACAUCACGAAUGCAAACAACCCCAAUGGGACGGGAAGCCCACCUGCGGCUCCGCCUGGUACACUGGCAGAACACUAUGCGAAGGAAGAAGAGCCAUUGAGGGCGUACUUGGUUGAGUGGUUGGUUGUAAAUAUGGUAGCUGCGUCGAGGGUAGAGGGGCGCUUGUACUGGGACACGGUCAGCAGGUUUGAAGGGUUGAAAAAGACUGUUAUGAUUAGAGCGGCUGAAAUGGAGAUUGAGGAGCCGGGGAAAUGCGCGGCGGGGCAUUUUCAGGCUCCUCUAGGGAGCAUGAUGGCGUGA